AAUGUUUUUGAUGAGACGAGUUUAUUACAUAACAAGUGUGAAAGAUUAGUAAUUGUUUUCUGGUCAACAAAUUUUCCGGAUAAAUAAACUUUAAACUAUUGACAUUAAAUUGUUUGUUAAAGUUUAGUUGUUGUAACCCUUAUUAAUUAUGGCUGCCGGAAUGGUGGGUCGCCUGAGUGGGAAAUUAAUCCCAAAAAAUAGCUCUCUUUUCCUUUGCGAUAUGCAGGACAAAUUUCGACCUUCAAUAAAAUAUUUUGACGCAAUUGUUUCAAAUUCGGGGCGAUUGUUGAGGGCAGCCUCAAUUCUGGAUAUGCCAGUCGUUUGUACGGAACAGUAUCCGCAAGGACUUGGGAAAACCGUUCCAGAGCUGGGAAUUGAAGCUUACGGGAUCAAGGCGCUGGAUAAGACGCUAUUUUCCAUGUGUCUUUCCCCCGUUGUUGAACAAUUAAAGAAAACGCCGGACGUCAACUCCAUCAUUUUGUGUGGGAUCGAAGCGCAUGUGUGUAUCCAGCAGACCGCUCUGGACCUAAAGAAUUUGGGUUAUGAGGUUUUCGUCGUGGCGGAUGCGUGCAGUUCUCGAGGUCACGUGGAAAGAAAGUACGCUUUCAGCCUUUUGAAACAAGCCGGAUGUUGGUUGACGACGACGGAGAGUGCAAUCCUCGCCUUGGCUGGGGGCUCGGCACAUCCACGAUUUAAAGAGUUGCAAGCCCUAAUUAAACAAGAGGGACCAGAUACGGGCUUGAUGGACUUGAACAUUUAAUUUACAUAAUUUAUGAUUAUAAUUAUGUAAUAUUAAGACAAAAGUUAUAUUUUUUGUGAUUUAAAACGAAAAACCAAAGAUUAUAAUUUUAUUUAGUAAUAAUUCCAAA